GGUGCGUCGGGUGCGCACACGUCACCACUCCGCGGCGCACUAUAGCACAAUUCUCAAACCGGCCACCUUCCUCUCCUAACUUUUCUAACCUGCGCCUCUCCUCUUCCUCUCCUCCGCCUCUUUUAUUAUCCUUUACCCACCGCUCUUUCCACAAUCCCUAAUUUCUUCUUCGCCGCCGCCAUGUCAACCCCCGAUGAUGGAUCUCCCGUCGCCAUGGCCAUCGAUCCUUCCACCGCCGUUACCGUCGCCACCACCACGACUAGGAGAGUUCCGCCUCCGUGCUGGACCGACGACGAGACCGCUGCGCUUGUCAAUGCCUACAAAGACAAGUGGUUCGCCCUCCGCCGUGGAAACCUCCGUGCGGCCGAUUGGGACGACGUCGCCGCCGCUGUUUCGUUGUUGCCUACCCUUGGAGGUCCGCCGAAGUCAGCCAUCCAAUGCCGACACAAGAUCGAGAAGCUCCGGAAACGGUACCGCGGCGAGAAACAACGGUCUCUUAGCCGACCAGGCAAGUUCUCUUCCUCUUGGGAUCUUUUCCCUGUAUUGGAUGCUAUGGGGUUCGCGCCGGUGACUCCGGCGGCCGUCGAACCUUACGAUCGGGAUGUGGAUCACGACGAUGAGAGUAACGGUUUGGAUGGAUUUAGGGUUAGAUCGAAGAGGUCUGGGAAAUUUAGCGGUUAUUCUGAUUCACCUCGAGAGGUAGGAGACGGGUAUGGGGUUAGAUCUAGGGCUAGGAGUCACAUGAAAAUGUACGGUGGUUUCAAGCCUGAGUUCGAUUCAGAUCACGAUUCAGGAAGUGGGUUUGGAUUGAAAAGGAAAUUCAACGGGAAUUCAAAGGUUACUGCUGCUGAUUUCGAUGGCCAUUCGGAUAAUGAGAUUGUGUUAGUACCCAAGGCUAGGCUUAAGCCUCACGGGAAGCCUUCCUCAGGCGAAUUCAGCCACGGCGGUGGUGGGUUUCCGUUGAAGUCGUUUGGUGAUCGGAAUUUCGCUUCUCAUGGGUUUAAUAAACACAAGAGUUUCGGUAAACCUGAAGCCAAUUUCUCUCCGGAGCUGGAUUAUGACGAUGAGUUUGAUGAUGAGAGGGAUGGAUUCAACACGAGAAUGCAAAACUCUAGGAGCUCUUCGCGAGUCAACGGUUAUAGCAGAAAGGAUGGGAGCUAUCCUAGAAACACUAGCAAUGGGUAUGGAUCGUCUUCUAGGUUCAAGCAUGGGCAGAUGAAUGCAGCAGAUGUCGAGUCUGACCCGAUUGAUGAAGUUGUUUCUUCGGUGAAGAUGUUGACAGAGAUGUUUGUGAGGGUGGAGAAUUCGAAGAUGGAGAUGAUGAGGGAGAUGGAGAAGACGAGGAUGGAGAUGGAGCUGAAGCAUUGCCAGAUGAUGCUUGAGUCGCAGCAGCAGAUCAUAGGCGCGUUUGCUGAUGCAUUGAGCGAGAAAAAGAGCACAAACGCAAGGAAGCCGGUUUCGUAGUAACGCGAACGAACGGUUCAUUAGUAUGGAUUCAUAUUAUGGUAUAAUGGUCAAAUAGCUUUUGAAUGUAGUAUGAAGUGUCCUCUUCCAGUUACUAGGAACAGCGACGGCAGUGAAAUUUUUAUGGUAAUGACACUUUGAGGUUUUAAUUAUUGGCAUUUUUGAUAAUUUGGUAAGAAAAAAUUUGUGUUUGAUUGUAGGAUAACACAAACUCGUGUUUGCACUGAUUAUUUUCUUUGUUAAAACAGGGAAGUAA